GGAAUUGUGACUGGAGUGUAUUAUUACACCCCCGGUUCUUAUGUUUAAAAAAAAAUGUAUUUAUUAUUAUUAUUUUUUUGCUGGUGUAAUUGUCUUUGGCUAGCAGCGAUAUCUAGUUCCUAACCUACUCACUGGAAAGAUAUUGGUUCAGAUCCCAGGACUCCAUAGUAGUCUAUUUGGAGUUAUGGCGCGUUCAGCGAUGGUGUUUUCGGGGCCAAAUGGGGAAUGUUAUUGACUGAUUAAAUCAGUCAACUUUUUCUUAAAUUCACUGGAUAGCAUUUGGACCUAUACAUGCAGGAACCUGAAACUGCACAUUGCAGAGUACUGUCAGGAGAGAUAAGCAGCGUCUUGCGAUGUACAGUGGUGAUAUACGUGGGUUAUUGACUGGAAUGGAUUUGUAACCUUAUACUGAACAAGCUGUUGCACAGAAGCGUCACGAAGUUGAAUCCAGCUCAACAAUUUUCGCUGUGUUGCUGGUCAGCUUCUUGUUGUUUGCAAUGGCACGAUCAGUUAUGCAUUUUAUCUCAACUUGCCAUUAAAAAUGAUUGGGUAUGGAAUUUCUGAGUGUGAAUUCACUUUUAUUGUGCAUGUAAUUCCGAUAGGAUUUACUCAAAAUAGAUAUACGUAUACUCAGGGUAACCUGUACUAGUCCCAGUUUAUUAUUUAGCUCACCAUCACAUAAUUCAGUAGCCACUAUGAAUUAUUUAGUUAUUUAGCAGGCUCAUAGAGCUGUUCUGUAGUCAAGAGAGUGAGGAACGUGAGACUGGAGUCAUCCAAAAGUGCUGGGAGUUUAAGCUGACAUACUGCACUUGUUUUUAUUUUAAAGCCAGUGGGAAAUUAGAUUUGUUCACGGGGCUGAUAGAAUGUUAGUAUAGUAUUUCUGUCAAGUGCUAUUCCCUAUUAGGUCAAAAAGAUGUGCAGAUUAUCUUGGGUAUUAAACGGCGUACAAAUUAAGAGAACUAUUUUCCUGCAGUCUCCUUUUCUGGCAUAUGGGUCAUCCAAGGACAGAUGUGCUUCAUAUCCAAGAGCACGUUACGUCUGCGUUUGUUGCCACCGAUUUGAUUCAUCGUGUGCAUUUGCGAUUUCAUAUAAGAGGCUUGUUUCAAAGCGCAGCUGUUUGUAGAUCACUCGCAGAUGGUUUUCUUAAGCUUCCUCCAGCGUCAUUGCCAUUACAGAUCUAAUUGGCAGCUAUGGCUGGAGGGGAAAUGGUUCAAUAAACCAGCCAUAGCAUACCAUGCUGUAAUCAUUGGUAGCAGUUAGAAUCGUUUGCACUGUAAUUAGCACUGGAAGGAUGAACUAUAAGGUGUUUAUGUGAAAAAUUAAAGGGACAAAGUUUAAGAGAUGCAGAAGGCUCCAAGUAUACAGUAUUUCACUCAUUAAUCCUCCACCAAUGGCUGACUCUGUUCCCUUCCAAAUAAAUUUGACUCCUUUUUACCACCCAGGCGUAUGAGGCAGAUAAUGGUUACCACCAACUGGACACCAGAAGGCUUUGGCAUCUGUUCCAGUAUUACAGAUUUUUAGCAGUUGUGGCUUUUUUUUUUCUCAUUGAGAGGCUAAAAGCAUAUUUUUCUGGUAAUUUAGGGACUUCAUUAUUCAUAGGCGGUUUUGGGUUUGAGCCUCCUCCACCCCUCACAGAUGACUUGCAUUUUUUUUUUUUUGAAGGGUGCAUGCUUUUGCUUAGGUUAUGGUCUGAUCGGAACAUAAAAUGGGUCUGUUUUUAGAGCUAGUGCGAAUCAAAGAAGCUCUAGAGGUCAGUUAAUCGCAGAGGCCUGGAACUGCACGCGCACCAACUUGAAUAUGCAGGAGCUGUUUGUUCAGGAGCGUGAGCCAAUACCCUUAUUCUUCAUCCCUCCCAUCCUCUCCCUCCCUGAUUCCCAGAGCCCAGCUGUGACUUAAUGAGACACUUCUCCUUCAAAUCCAUCUUGCCCAGACAAAGCCUGGCCUUGUCACCUUUAGCGGAGGAGUCUGGCAGCGUGAGCUGAGGCAGAGGAUCAGAAAACAGAGCAGAGUCUCUUCUGAUUCGUUGAAAAGCCAUGGUUUUUAUAUAGCUUAGUGAAAAUCCUCCGCAUCCUCAACUCCUGAACUGUCAUUUCUCUCCAACAAAUUAGCUAAGUACGGAAGUUAAUAAAUAAAACAUUCGCCGAACCAAGAGUAAAAUCUUUACCCCUGUACAAAAAGAAAAAAGUUGCAGUCCUGCUAUAAUCUAUAAUUUAGCGUUCUAAAAAAAUCUCUAGCACUUAUUUUAAAUGAUCUCAUCACACGUAGCGCACCAUUUACCAGAAUCAGCCAUCCAUAACAUGCCAGCCUCCUGAGGGGUUUAACGGCACUUGACAUGUAUAACUGCGUAAGUUCAUUCGCUCAGCCAAGCACAGGUUGUAAGCACAGGCGAUGACAUCACUGUUAGUGCGGUUGGAGUUUCAUAUCCAAAAAUAACACCAGAGAACAGAAGUGAAAGUUUUUAAGAAGGUCAUGGUUGGAAUGAAACAAAAAUGUUUUUCUUAGGAUUAUGUGGAAAAAGCAGUGUGUAUGUUAUAAAGAUAAAAUGAUCUCUGAAGCCUAGGCUGAUGUUUGGCACCAGAAGGAGGGAGAUGAGACUAAACCAGCAUAUGAGUAGGUAACAGAUGGCUGACGUCUCUGUAGAUGUCUCUCUUUAGUUUGUUCAGCUCCCCCCUCACCCCACCCCCCUCCUUAGGCUUGGACAAAGCAUAUUGUAUUACUAAGCUGUACAACUGUUGUCGUUGUGUUUUUUUAAUUUAUUUAUUUAUUUAUUUUUUUUAAGGAAGUGCAAGUAUUUUAGACACUGCUACCAGUCAUGCACUGUUUAGACGACGAGUUUCAUUUGUAUUUUAGACACUUCUACAAGUGCACUAUUAACACUAUUGGUUUAAUUUGUCAUCUCUGCAGCACUCUAACAGCUGUGAGCAUCAACAAGGCGAUUAACACACAGGAAGUUGCCGUCAAAGAAAAGCAUGCCAGAACCUGCAUCCUGGGUACCCAUCAUGAGAAGGGCGCUCAAACUUUCUGGGCAGCCGUCAACCGCCUGCCGAUCUCCAGCAACGCGGUGCUCUGCUGGAAAUUCUGCCACGUCUUCCACAAACUCCUACGAGACGGCCACCCGAAUGUCAUUAAAGACUCUGUGCGGAACAAGGCAGACCUAAACGACAUGAGCAGGAUGUGGAGCCACCUGAGUGAAGGCUAUGGGAAGCUUUGUAGCAUCUACCUCAGACUACUCAUCACCAAAAUGGAGUUUCACAUCAAAAACCCGCGUUUCCCUGGCAACCUUCAGAUGUCAAACAGGCAGCUCGAAGAAGCGGGUGAAAACGACGUCAAUAACUUCUUCCAGUUGACGGUGGAGAUGUUUGACUACAUGGAGUGUGAGCUGAAUCUGUUUCUUACUGUGUUCAGCUCGUUGGACAUGUCCCGGUCCGUGUCGGUGACAGCAGCGGGUCAGUGUCGGCUGGCUCCUCUGAUCCAAGUCAUUCAGGACAGCAGUCACCUGUAUGACUACACAGUCAAACUGCUCUUCAAACUGCAUUCUUGUCUUCCAGCAGAGACACUGCAGGGGCACAGAGAUCGCUUCCAUGAGCAGUUUAAAAAACUGAAGAGCCUGUUCUACCGUUCCAGUAACCUGCAGUAUUUUAAAAGGUUGAUACAGAUCCCACAGCUUCCUGAGAAUCCACCAAACUUCCUGCGUGCUUCAGCUCUGUCGGAGCACAUCAGUCCAGUGGUGGUGAUCCCAGCCGAGACCUCGUCCCCUGAGAGCGAGCACAUGGUGGAGACCGACGAACUCGUGGACACGGACAUCCCAUCCCUGCCGAGUGCCGUGGAGAGCAGGUUCGAUGACCUCUUUGGCACCUUGGCUACCACUGAUCCCUUCAACUUCAACAGUCAGAAUGGCAUGCGUAAGGAUGACAAAGACAGACUCAUCGAGCAGUUGACCGCAGAGCUCCAGGCCCUGAAAGAAGAGUUGGAGUCAUUCAGGCUGGAGAGUGGCCGUCUGUGCCAGGCCUUGCGGGGGCGGGUCAGUGAACUGGAGGCGGAGUUAGCCGAGCAGAGCCACCUCAAGCAGCAGGCACUGAGCGAGAGCGAGUUCCUGAAGGCAGAGCUGGACGACCUGCGCCGGGUCAAAGAGGACACAGAGAAGGAGCAGCGUAGCCUCACUGAGAUUGAAAAAAAGGCCCAGGCAAAUGAGCAGCGCUACACUAAGUUAAAGGAGAAGUACACUGAGCUGGUCCAGAACCAUGCUGACCUGCUGAGGAAGAAUGCAGAAGUGACUCGGCAGAUGACGGUGGCCCGUGUAGCCCAGGAUGAGGUGGAGACUGUGAGGCGGGAGAUGGAGGAACGACUGAAGGCAGCUCAGGAGGCAGUCAGCCAACAGGAGAAAACCCAAGCAGAGCAGCUCCAAGUGCUUCAGGCUGACCUAGUUACCAGCAGAACAGAACUAGAAACCCUCAAAGCCAGCAUGACUUCCUCCCAGAAGUUAAGUGAGGAGCUCAGUGUGCAGUUGGCAGCUCUGGAGACCGAGAAGGCUGGGCUUGUGGAGACCGUGUCACAGAAGGAUGUGGAGCUGGCAGGACUGGGGGUGGAAUUGGAGCGAGUGCAGAGCAGUCUAGCAGGCGAGAGGGAGAGUGGCGUGAAGGCUGCUGAAGCCCUACAGAAUCAGCUCAAUGAGAAGGAGAGUCGUGAACAGGCUCUGGAGAGUGAGCUCAUUUCUGUACGCUGGACAGCUCUGAGGGCAGCACUGGAGGAGGCAGAUAGGGUUGUCCAGGACAGUCUGGCGCAGCUGGAUGAGCCUGCACACAUAAGCUGCACCAGCUCAGCCGAUUACCUUAUACCCAGGUGCCAGAAUGCUUUAGAGUGUGUGGACAGACUACAGACAGCCAAGGACAGCUUCGUAUCUGAUAACACAAAUGUGUCCGAGUUGGUGCGGGCCGUGGCUCAGCUGGCCCACCUGGUGGGUGAUACCAUUGUACAAGGCAGCGCCACUGCCCACAUGGUGUCAGUGGAACAAGCUGACGCUCUAACAUCUAGUGUGAAGACAUGUGGAACUGAGGCCCUGGCUCUGAUCGCUCAGCUGAAGGAGCAGGACUCUCUGGCUACAGCAGGCAGCAGUGGACUCCGAGCAGCUUUGGGCAAUGUGCUGGCCACGGCGCAGAAGUUGCGGCCACGGGGUUUGGAGCUGCAGCAGGGAGAACUGGGUGAUCUGGUGGAGCAGGAGAUGGCAGCCACCUCAGCGGCUGUGGAGUCCGCUGUCUCCAGAAUAGAGGAAAUGCUGAACAAGUCCCGUGCUGUCGACUCUGGUGUCAAAAUGGAAGUGAAUGAAAGGAUUCUGGCCUCCUGCACAGAGCUCAUGCAGGCCAUUAAAGUGCUGGUGUUGGCCUCUAAAGACCUGCAGCGCGACAUCGUGGAAGGGGGCAGAGGUGCAGUAACUAUAAAAGAGUUCUAUGCUAAGAACUCCCGCUGGACUGAAGGCCUCAUCUCAGCGUCCAAGGCUGUGGGCUGGGGAGCAACUGUGAUGGUUGAUGCAGCUGAUCUGGUGGUGCAAGGGAAAGGGAAAUUUGAGGAGCUGAUGGUGUGCUCACACGAGAUAGCCGCAAGUACAGCUCAGCUCGUAGCUGCAUCAAAGGUGAAGGCAGACAAGGACAGUCCCAACCUCGCUCGUCUGCAGCAGGCAUCUAGAGGAGUCUCUCAAGCAACUGCAGGCGUUGUGGCUUCAACCAAGUCUGGAAAAUCCCAGAUUGAGGAAACUGACACGAUGGAUUUCACCAGUAUGACUCUUACACAGAUCAAGAGGAAAGAGAUGGACUCCCAGGUGCGUGUGUUGGAGUUGGAGACACAGCUUCAGAAGGAACGCGAGCGUCUCGGUGAGCUGAGGAAGAAGCACUACGAGUUGGCUGGUGUGGCUGAAGGUUGGGGUGAGGAACAGGAGGGAACGGGAUGAGGCGUGUCCCCAUGCAGUAGCCCAGCUCUCUGGCACUCACUUGUUCCUCAGUGUCUCUCCCCCUUCUCUCUUCUUCACUCUCUUCAGAUCUUUUAUCCUUUAAUAAUGAACAAAAAGCCAAAUAAAAAAAAAGGUGCUUUUACUUUAACCCUACUCCUGCUCCUCCCUGUGGAGUAAGAAACACUUAGAGGAGGAGCAAAAGAGGAGACAAUGUCACCUUAAGAGGAGGAUGAAGCCUUAAAGGCAGCAUGGCACGUAUUUGAGGCACCCCCCAGUGGGCAGAGGGAAAACUGCACCCUUGCUGACCUGUCGGGUUUUUUUUUUUUGUUUUUGUUUUUUCUGUUGUUUUUUUCGAGUUUCAUUCCCUGUCCUCUACCUCCUUUUUUUUUUCUUUUCUUUCUCAUUCACAAUUCCACGACGACAUGCGUCACACGAGGCGAGCAGGAAUUACUGACACUGCGUCGUGAGUUUCCGGACCGGUCCGCUUCCAAGGCAGCAGCAGCGUGUGACUUCCACCACCUCUUCCAGAAAUCAUUCCUCAGUUUGUGGACACACGCCCCGUCAAACAAGCUGCAUAGCCUUCUCUGAACUGUCCCCUGCUGACCCUCCUCCACACAGUGGCCUUGCUCUGGACUCUGAGCUGAUAGAGUGAGUGUACGGCCCACGAGAGAGGCUUCCCUCCGCACUAACACUAGCGACUGCCUGAAAACUGUAAAGUAAACUCGGUUUCUCCCUCUCUUGCUUCCUCUGCGUGUAUGUACGUGCAGUGUUUUUAAAUUUUUCAAUUUGGUAGAUGUUUUUUUUUAACCAUGCUUCCUGAGCAGUAGUUUUUUGGGGUUUUUUUUCUUGAAAAGUAGCCUGACUGGGCUUUUAACUGUUUUAAAAUGUUUAAUACACAUCACAUUUUGGUUAAGGGGAUUGAAUUAUAAUCCCACAAGUGUUCUGUCAGCGAUGACGUCAGCCACAACACAUUUCAUCUAAUUUCAUGUCCAUGGCUGAAAACGAAUAGACUGUUUUUCGUGACCCUCUGCUGCAAAAGGAGGAUGUUUGACGAGAGAACCUAGGACUCUGAGCUCAUUUCUUCUCGAUAACUUUCUCCUCGACUGACCGUUUUUCUCUGGUGCCCGUAGAGAACAUUAGUAGCACCGCUGGUAGCCUUUAUUUACACUCUUGUCAAGUGUUAAUACCACCGGUGUGUAUGUUGACUUCCUCUUUGUACUUCCUUUUCCACGUCCACACACAGGACAUCAGCACAUGCGAGGAGAGACAUCUGUGCCUUCCAAAAGGUUAAAGUUCACAUUCCCCUCAGUAAACCUUUAACGGCUGUAGCCUUGGACUGGUGUUCUAAAGGGUUGGUGAUGCCUUAAUGAUGGAAAUACUGUAUGGUGUGUCUAUGUUGGACGAGUCAUUUGGAGCUUCCAGCACAAUUUUCUCCAACUGUGUGGUCCAGAGCGAGGACACUCAGAAAGGAGAGACACCGUGAACAUUUAAAAAAAAACAACAACAAACAAACAAAAAAAAAACAACGAAAAAAACAAAACAAAGGAGGCUUAUGAUAUAAAGAUGUGCUAGCCCCCUCCCCUUGCUAAAGCAAUCUAGACCAGAUAGCCUUGUAGACCACCACUGUUUUAUGAGCACAGCCUACAACUGGGCCCCUGAAAAACCUGGCUUCAAUAUUUACAAGUUUCAUGUCCUUCCAGUCUUCAAUUACCUCAGCUCCCUCAUAAAGCAAAGCAGGCAGACAAACAUGGACUCAUUUGACAUUAACAAAUGUUCACAUACAGUUCUGAGAUGUGUGCAUGUAACAGAAAGCUGUUCUACUAAUACCAGGUAUGAAAUGACACAUUGUGUGUGUGUGUGCGUGUGUGUGUGUGUGAGAGAGAGAGAUUGUUUGUAUGAGAAGGCCCAAAAUGUGUUUCUUUGUCUUUAACACCUUCACCCUGUCUUGUUGCACUGCUUUAGCUGUUUCUGUAAGUUGUAACACUGGGUAUUUAAUUGAAUCAUUUAUUGACACCACCGCUCUGUUUUCAUGUCUCGCCCUCUGUUUUGGUUCAUGUCUUCUAGUCUUACCAGCCUUCCAACUGCCUCUCACUUUAGCCAGUCAGAUAAUUAUAUGAAUACUCAGUAACACUUUUUGGACAAUAUCUUUGUAUGAUGUACUAAACUGAGUGUUUUUAUUUCUUAUUUCUUCUUCAAUAAAUAUAGUAAUGUGUUAAUGAUAA